AUGAGAUUCUUGAGCAGUUGCAUAUUUUUGGAAGGAUUUCUCUGCGCGGACUCAAACUUCAGAGCUCGGCCUUCAUGGGAAGAUCCCGACGAAAACGAGACUUUUCUCGAGAGACCAGUUUUCAAUGCAUCGGAUGAGGAAUUUCAUCCAGAGAAUCAUGCUCCUGAAAUCAAGGAAGAAGAAUGCCCCGAUAUUGAUCUUUAUGAAGAAUGUACGGCUCUUUGCAGACUGGAUUAUCUCCAAUGCAGAAGCCAAUGCGACAACGCUUUGUGCGAAAACUCAUGUCUUGGCGAAUUCUACGAUAUAUCACUAGAUUGUUCUUCAUUUUGUCCAUGCGGAACAAAUUGCCCAAACGGUUGUGAUGGGUGCAAGAAUGAAAUUUGUAAGCAUAUUUUGGUUAUGGGCCAUAGCUUGAGCGGAGCCUUCUCAAUUUCCUUCGAUGGAUCGACAAAAAGCGCGGCUAGGAUAACUGCACCUUCUGAUUUCUUCGUCUAUGCCGCUCCUCACGCACUUAUUAAGGGGGAGCUUUACGCUUUCGGUGGAGGAGCUUAUUACGAAGAUAACUUUCAAAAAGUAAUGAAAAUUUAUACUUCUAUAAUAUCUAUAUAG